UUUUCGGACAAUACAAUGUUAAUUAAUUGUUUUUCUUUCUUACCACAUUAAUUUCACAAAUUACCAGCUCCCUUUAAUAGUUUUCAGCCAGCACCACCUUCCUCCCUUCAUCCCAAGCCUACACGUGUCUAGCAAAACACACAUGUAUCGUGCUCUGUUAAUUUUCAACUUCUUCUCUUCUUUAUUGCUCUUUUUACCGUUUUUUCAAACUUAUGCUGAUUCCUCUCUUUUCUUCUUCCCUCUCGCACACGAUCUCUCAUGAUUUCAAUCGUUUAUCCUUCUUCAUUUACAGUUUUCUUUUUACUUCCUAUUUUUUAGCCAUUAUCAGUGUAGUGUGUAACGUGCAUUUAGGUUUUAGGCUCCACAUUUGCUAUUAACUGCAUUUUAUCUAUAAAUAGCAACAUGGUUUCUACAAGAUCAACUCCUACAAAAGAGAAGAAGGAUUUUGUUGUUCCUGUAAAAAUGAAGCGGAAAUUAGUAAAAAAAGCUGAAAAAGAUGUUGAAGGAAGUGGUGUUGCUUCUGCCUCUGAGAAUGUCAAAGUAAAGGGAAAAAAGGUGGAUGAAACUGGUUUGAAAAAAAGGCGUUUGGCUUUUGAUGCUGUACCUGAUCAUCAGAAAGUUCAGAAAUCCUUGCAUAUUGAAGAACCAACUCGUUUGGUUCAGAACUGGGACUACUUGUUAGAUGCGGAAGAUCGUUACACUUGUAGAGUGACUAUGCCUUUAAAUUUCAAAUAUAUUGAGGACAUCAAGAAAACUCUUUCUGAUACUCAGCUGGAACUUUUCAAGAAGACAUUUCUUGGUCAUUUUUUAGACUUGUCGCCGUUGUGUAAUCAGCCUCAGCUUAUACAUUCUUUGUUGCUGCGAGAAGUGAAGCAUCCAAAUAAUAGGGAAUUGUGGUUUAAAGUUUCUGGACAUAAACUGCGGUUUAGUAUUGAUGAAUUUGCUGUGAUUACGGGGUUAAAUUGUGUUGGUGAUUUCAAUCCUGUUUCUUAUGCUCCAUUACAGAAUCAGUUGAUUGAUACCUAUUUCCCAAAUAGUGAAGUUACUCGAGAUGGAUUGGGUGUCAUAUUUCUGAACAAGGUUUUCAAGUCGGAUGAAGAUGCGGUUAAAUUGGCCGUAAUUUACUUGUUUGAGUGCUAUUUGUGCUCAAAUGAGAUUAAAUUUCAAAAUGUAAGUCGCUUUUUUAUGGAUAUGGUUGAUAGUGGGGACUAUAACUCAUAUCCUUGGGGGAUAAUGGUUUUUCGAUCUACCAUUGCUGAUAUGAAGAAGAGGUUUGCUACAAGAAGACGACUCAAGUUUUAUAGGCUUAACAGUUUCCCUUUGGCUUUGCAAAUCUGGUUCUAUGAAGUCUGCCCUUUUGCUACUAAUAAGAUAUGUUUUCCUGUUACUAAACCAAUGUUAGUUCCUCGAAUGCUAAAAUGGCUCAAGAGUCAGGACAAAUUAACAAUCAAAUAUCUGAAUGAGGCAUUUUUUGAUCAGACGCGUGAGCAGUUGAUGCUGAAGAAUAUUGUUCCUACAGCUCAAGAAAAAAUGUCUCUUGAUAUAUCUGGUUUUUUCCAAACUGGAAAGAAGAAAAUAGUUGAAGAUUUGGAUUUUUCAACUGAUGAUGACGCUAUUCUUGCUGAUUACCUCAAAUGUAAACAAGUUGAGUCUUCGAGACGAAGAAAAACAUUUAAUCUGUUGAAGAGUCGACUUAAUGGUAUCGAAUCAAGUCAACUGAAAAUACAAUCUGAAUUUUCUUCUUUGAAGACGGAGGUGAGAGUCAUUUAUGACUGUAUGACGGUGAUUGGCGAUCAUUUUGGCUUAAGCAUGCCUAAGUUUCCUAAGUCUGUUGCUGUAAAUGAAGUUCCCAAUGAUGAUGAUAAUAUGGGGGUUUCUGAUUACAUUUUUCAAACUGGAUAUAAAGAUGAUGCUGAUAAUGGCGAGGACGGUGAUGAUGAGUAUGAGAAAAAUGAAGAAGAGAACAAAGAUGAGGAUGAGAAAAAUGAAGAAGAGGACAAAGAUGAGGCUGAGGAUAAAAAAGAUGAGGCUGAGGAGAAAGAAGAUGAGGCUGAGAAGGACAAAAAUGAGGCUGAGAAUAAAAAAGAUGAGUCUGAGGAGAAAGAAGAUGAGGCUGAGGAGGACAAAGAGGAUGAGCAAAAAAAUGUAGAAGAUGAGAAGGAUAAUGAUAGAAAUGAUGAUGGUGGUGUUGGUGGUGGUGUUGGUGGUGGUAAUAAGAAAGAUGAUGAUGGUGGUGUUGGUGGUGGUAAUAAGAAAGAUGAUGAUGGCGGUGAUGGUAGAUCGAUGCAUGUUGAGGUCCCUGUUGAGGAUGUAAAUCAGGUUGGUUUAGAAACAGCUGCUGGCGAGGCCCCUGUUGAGAAUGUAAGUCAGGUUGGUUUGGAAAUGGCUGAUGUGAAAAUGGCUGCUGGCGAGUUUUCUAUGGGGAGAGCAAGUGAAGCUGAUGUGAAAAUGGUUGCUGAUGAGGUUCUAUUUUCUGAGAAGAAGAAUUUUACUACUCCUAUGGAUAACAAACGGAAUAUCAAGCCGAGUAUUUUAUUGAAAUCUCCAUACUUGGCUGAAUUCAGUUCUGGAAACAACGAAUACCGCAUAGAGAAUGCUACUUUUGUUGUUCCUAAAUUGUGUCCAUUGGACAAUAAUUUAGGAGAUGUUUUAAUGUGCGAUGAAUAUCCGGAGUAUCAUGACUGGAUUGGUAAAGGACAUUUGAGAUAUCCCAAGGCCAAAGAAGGAAGAUUUAUUAAGGAAACAGAAAAUUCUAUCAAUCCUCCUUUCAAUUUUGGUGUUGAUGUCAUUGAUGCGAAAGAUUUCUUUUUCGUUCUGGAGUAUGGUGGACAGUCAUUGAAUACACGGCACAUGGAUAUCUUAUUUUACUAUCUGAGGAAGAAAGGAAAAUAUAAAAGUAGCAUACAAAUGAAGUUCACAACAACUGACAAUUAUUUCGAUCAAACUUUUCAAUCUUUUGUGAGGCUUUUCAAGGAUACCGGAGACCGAGACCUGAUUUAUGAAGAUCAUCCAAUUUCUCAGUAUAUACGUGGCAAACGUAUGAUUGCGAAUACUCCAUGGGCUGAGUGUGAAUUUGUGCUGAUCCCUUUCCAUGUGUCUUCAAAUAAUCAUUGGGCCCUUGCAGUACUGGAUUUUAAGCUCAGGACGAUCACAAUCUAUAAUUCCAUGCGUUCAACUUUGAGUGCUUCGUCAACUAGACUGAUUGGGAAUAAUUAUGCCUCUUAUCUUCCUUUAUUUCUUUCCAAGUUAGAUGUGUUCAAAGAUAAUCCCUUUUCUGAUUUGCGUUCACCGUUCUAUACAAGUCAAGGAUUAGAAGAUUCUUUUCAGUUGAUUGUUAAAUAUGACCUGCCAGAACAACAGUUCAAUGAUUGUGGAGUUUUUGCAUUCUCUUUUGCUGAAUAUAUUGUGCAUGGGAGAGAGCAAGAGCUUACAAAAGAAUUUGAUGUGAAUUCCCAUCGAAAGCGUUUGGCUUUUUGUCUUUAUAAGUAUGGAAAAUGGAAGAAUAUGUUUCAUGUUGUCAGUGAAUCAGAGAGUUAUCAGGACAAGGACCAAAAGGAUGGGAAUGUGAAAGCAAAAAGAUACAAGAUUCGAGCUGGAAAACUGAAACUGUAGUUGUUAUUUUGAAUGAACAAUGUUUUUUUAUGCUUUUUGUGUGUUUUAUUUUUUAGGUUUGUUUGAACACUGUUUUUUGUUUGAAUUAAUGAAGUAAACAAUGUUUUUUGUUUGAAUUAAUGAAGUAAUCUUUUACUUUAAUAUUCCUUUUUAUUCACACUUGCACUUUUUUU